AUGUUAAUAACUCGAUGUGUUUAUUUCUACCUGUUAUUUUUACUUUUAAUUUCGGAAACAUUCGGUCUGAGUCUGUCAGCUGCAGAAACGCGUCUGAUGCGUACGCUUCUAAAUGAAACCACUUAUCUGAAACGAGUUCGUCCAACACAUAAAGUUAUCAUUGAUAUUCGAUUCAUUUUCAAUCAAAUUAUAUCCAUGGUGGAAAAAGAACAAAUCAUUGUCACGAACUGUUUCGUUGAUCAAAAAUGGACAGAUCCUCGUCUUGCAUGGAAUCCAUUAGACUUCGAAAAUAUUACUUGGAUUCGAAUGUCAGCAACAUCUCUUUGGUACCCGGAUACAUUUUUGUAUAACACAGCUGAUAACGCCGGCUUUCUCCUUCCUCAAGAUUCACAAAAUAUGAUUGUGAGUUAUAACGGCACUGUUUUCUGGCCACUACCUCUCGCACAACUACGCACACGUUGUCGAAUGACAAUCAAACACUUUCCUUUCGAUGAACAGACUUGUGACAUGAUAUUCGGCUCAUGGAGUCACACGAGUUCAUUGAUUCAUUAUCAAUUCUGGGAAAACAAACCUGAACUACCGCAAUAUACACCGAACAAUGAAUGGAAACUAUUAGCUGUGACACAAUCACUUAAAACAAUUCAAUAUCCCAAUUGGGUAGAACCGGAUACAUUUUUCGAAGUCAAUUUUACUAUUUUAAUUGUACGCAAACCUUUACAAGCCAUCUAUAAUACUGUUGUACCUGCAUUAAUGUUAACUACUCUAACAUUAGUUUCAUUUUUUAUUCCUUUCGCCCAAGAAAUGCAGAUCGGUAUUAGUAUUAUGUUGGCUUACUCCGUGUUUAGUUUGCGUUUGUCGGAAGAUGUUCCAUCUCAAAGUGAUAGUGUACAUUUGAUCAGUCUUUAUUUAACUUUCUGCAUGUUCUUCUCUCUCUCGGCUAUGACAUGGUUUGCUAUCGCAAAUAAAUUACGUGAAAAGAAACGUUUACCCUAUUGGCUGUGCUGGUUGGCACUGGAAUAUCUAUCAUGGAUUGUUUGUGCUACAAGUAUGCAUCGGAAGGCCGUACGUGUUCUUCAAACAGAACAAUUGAAAACAUCUCCAAUCACACCAUCAACACCAGUUACGAUCCCUUUGCAACAGUUAGCAGGAACUACUGCUAUGGAAUGUUCGGAUAGUUACUACUUCGAGCGUGAUUCAUUAUCAGCAGAUGCAUCACCCAAACUUCCACUUUUGAUUUCAAGGAGCUCACGUCAAUUGAAUAUUGAUCAGCUAACUCAACCUACAACAACACCAACGACAGCUACAACGCAAUUAAACACGACACCUGUUAAAGAAGUAGUUCCUCCUAUGCCUAAUUUACCCUCAUCGUUAUGGGUAUCUCGACGAAGUGCACAGUUUCCAUUUUCAUCAUCUACCAAUGGCCCGUCGAAUAACAGAUCUAAUCAUCUACCUAAAAUGUCGACACAAUCACGUUCCAUGAAAUUACUACACAAUCAUCCAGAUAUUAAGAAUAAAGAAAGCUUAUAUGCAAUUCACAUUUAUAAUCGACUUGUUUUCUUUCUAUUCCUUCUCACAGUUAUUAUUACUAAUAUCUAUACGUGGUUUUUCUAUUCCCGAACAGUUCAAACAAAACUACUCGAUAGUGAAACAACAUGGUCAUGUUUUGACGAAUCGAUCCUUUCGAUUGUCAAUUGUAGUGUUUUAACAGCACAUUAA